UGUUUAGCUUUGAAGGAAUUUCCAAUAAAGACUGAAAUAGAACAAGAUGGAUAUGAAGUUACCUGUUUUGAAGAAAAACAAAAUACCACAGAAGGUUAACUCAGCUUCAAGCUUUAAGGAGGUUGGAUUGGAGAUUCAGUUUUCAUGUUCAGUAGCUUUGCUCUUUGCUUUAGCUAGCUUGGUUUGGUAUUGGGAAUUUAGGAUGUGUUAUUAGUAAAAUUGUUAUAAAAUUACAUACACGAAAUGGAAGUAAUAAAACAAGAAAUCAGUGAAGAGACGCAUAGGGUAGAAAUAGAUAAUAAUGGAGUGGAUGAUGCUGUUUUGGAUAGCUUAAAAUAUAAAAUUAAGGAAGAAUCCAAUUCAGAAAGUACAGAUUAUGCUUUGGAAUGUUUAGCUUUGAAGGAAUUUCCAAUAAAGGCUGAAAUAGAACAAGAUGGAAAUGAAGUUACCUGUUUUGAAGAAAAACAAAAUACCACAGAACACGUAGGUUUCACGCUAAACGAGAACCAAAUGAAAAGUAUUGAGACAUUUUUUGAACAUUCAUCCUAUAAAGAACCCUGCAUGAGUCUACAUACCGAAGGAAAAACUGUAAAUGAAACUGUAGAAGUUCAGACCACACACGGAUCUUACAAUUGUGAAAUUUGUUUAAAGCAGUUUUCUACACCAAGUAAUUUGAAAACACAUUUAGUAGUGCACACUAAGGAAAAACUUCACAAGUGUGAAAUUUGUUUUAAAGAGUUUAGCCAAGCAGGUUCUUUGAAAACACAUUUAAGAGUGCACAGUGGGGAAAAACCUUACAAGUGUGAAAUUUGUUUUAAGCAAUUCGCAGCAAAAAGUAAUUUAAAACUUCAUUUUAGAGUCCACUCUGGAGAAAAACCUUACCAGUGUGAAAUUUGUUUUAAGCACUUUAGUCAAAGAUCAGGUUUGAAAGAUCAUUUGAGAUUGCACAAUGGAGAAAUGCCUUAUAAGUGCGAAGUUUGUUUUAAACAGUUUGCUCGAAAUGAUUCUUUAAAAACACACGCAUACGUUCACACUGGAGAAACACCGUACAAGUGUGAAAUUUGUUUUAAGCAGUUUAGCAAAGCAAGCACUUUAAAAACACAUUUGAAACUGCACACUGGAGAGAAACCUCACAAAUGUAAAAUUUGUUCAAAACAGUUUAGCCAAGCAGGUGCUUUGAAAGUACAUUUGAGAGUGCAUACUGGAGAAAAACCAUACAAGUGUGAAAUUUGUUUUAAACAGUUUGCUCGAACAGAUUUUGUGAAAAGUCAUUUGAGAACACACACUAGAGAAAAACCUCAUAAGAGUGGAGAAAAACCUAUAUAUAAUGCUGUUGAUGAUGGUCCUGUGGAUAUUUGUCAAAUUAUAAUUAAGGAGGAACCGCAUGAGGAAAUAGAACAAGAGGAACAUAAACUUUCGUCGUUUAAAGAAAAAGAAACCAAUCCAAGUGGUAAGUAAACCACAAG